AUGUCACUCUUUCGCCAGCACAAGUCCCAGCCUCGCUGGACAGGCAUCACGUUCUCUGCCCUCCUUGCCGCCAGCUCUAUCACCAACGCCCUCGUUAUUCCCCGCCAGAUCAACUCAACCCAGCUGCUGAAGAGUUAUGACUAUGUCAUCGUUGGAGGUGGUACCGCAGGUCUGACCGUGGCAGAUCGCCUCACCGAGGAUCCCGACGUCAACGUCCUCGUCCUCGAAGUCGGUGUCUUUGGUGACAUGGAUUUCAACCUGAAGGUCAACUUCGCCACCCGGGUCGGGGAUCCCAGUGCAACAUACUGGCCUGGUCUCCAGUCGGUGCCCCAGCCGAACCUAGACGGCAAGCCUGGCCCAGUCCUUAUUGCAAGACAAGUCGGAGGUGGCUCGUCUGUCAACGCCAUGAUGAACAUGCGUGGAUCUGCCGAGGACUACGACCGCUGGGGUGCACUGUUCGGCUCCGAGGCUCAAGCGGGACCCGCUGACUGGAGCUGGGAUGGCAUUCUGCCAUUUUUCAAGAAGGGUCUACACUUCACUGCGCCACCUCCUGAGCUCACAGACAAUUUCGACAGCGUCAAGUAUGAUGCAUCCUACUGGGGCGACUCUUCGGAUAUCUACGCCGGCUGGCCAAGGUUCUACUAUCCCGGCGUCGCCCCUCUGGUGGAGGCAUUCAAGGAGCUCGAUGGAAUCGAGUUCCCAGAGGACAGUGGCGCCGGAAAGGCUGGCGUGUUCUGGUUCCCUACGCUGCAGGACCCGAGAACCGUCACUCGCUCCUACGCCGGCACAGGUCACUACCUGGACGUCAACGCCACACGACCAAACUACCACCUCUUGACCAACACCAGGGCAAACAGGCUCAUCCUGGAUGACGACCUGGCUGCUACCGGAGUCGAGUUCCAGUCCCUGGCAGGUAACAGCACUAUUGUUACUGUCAAGGCAGACAAGGAGGUCAUUGUGUCUGCCGGUACAGUCCACACUCCUCAAAUUCUUCAGCUGAGCGGUAUUGGUCCGGCAAGCGUCCUCGAGGAGGGUGGAAUUGAUGUGCUCGUCGACCUGCCCGGUGUCGGCCAGAACUUCCACGACCACAGCAGUCUGGCCACCAUGAACAUUACUCUCUCCAAGAUCACCGAUAUCCACCCCAACCCCAACGAUCUCGUCGAUGGAAACGAGUUCAAGGACUGGGCUGACGAGGUCUGGGCAGCCAACAAGAGCGGCCCAUACACCAUCGCUUUCACCAACCUGGCUGGCUGGCUCCCGUUCACCGCCAUCUCCGAGAAGGCCGACCAGAUCGCCACUAAGCUCGAGUGCCAGGACUUCGCCAGCCUCCUGCCCGCCGACACGGACUCCACCGUUGUCGCCGGCUACGAGGCGCAGAUGAAGCUCCUGGCCGCCCAGAUGCGUUCCAAGCACACUGCUUUCACCCGUGUGAUGCUGCAGCCCGAGCAUGGCUCCCAGGGCCCAGUGGCCAUGCAGUCUUUCGCCCGCGGCAGCAUCAACAUCAACACCACCGACCCUUACAACACGGAGCCAGUCAUUGACUACCGCGCCCUGACGAACCCCGUUGAGUUCGACUUCUUCAUGGAGAGCAUUAAAUUCAUUCGCCGUUAUAACUUUGAGACCUCGCUCAAGGACAAGUUUGUCCCCGUCGAGUACGCCCCCGGUCCCAACGUCACCUCCGAUGCCGACCUCAAGGCCUACAUCUCGAGCAACCUGUCGCCCACUGACUACCACCCCGUCGGCACCUCCGCCAUGAUGCCCCUGGAACUCGGCGGCGUUGUCGACCAGACCCUUCGCGUGUAUGGCGUCAAGAACCUCCGUGUGGUUGAUGCCAGCGUGAUGCCCAUGGUUCCUAGUGCCAACACAUGCCAGCCCACCUACGCUCUGGCUGAGAAGGCUGCGGAUAUCAUCAAGUCAGGAAUUUAA